CACGCCAACACGAGAGGGGCCGAGGAAAACAGAAACCACGGUCGAGCUGAGGCUACUGUACUGCCUCUGCCUGCACCAACCAAGAAAGCAAAAGCCCAAUCAAGAAGAAGGAGAAGAAUGGGGGAGGCGCCGUGCAGCGUGGUGGCGCCGCGCCGUUCCCCGGCGCGCUUCCGCCUGCCGCGCCACGGGCUGCGCCGCAAGGUCCACGUCGUCCGGCUCGGGAACGGCGGUGACGGUGCCGGCGCACGGGCUGGCGGGGUCCGCGGCCUCUGCGGCCUCCGGCGUCGGAUCAAGCUCCGAUGGUUCCGCAGCGCCAUGUGGCGCCUGGCCGAGCUCUGCGUGGCGGUGCUGUCGGGGCCCCCGGGGACGGCCGACGCCCCGCCGUCGUGGACCGGCGUGGAGCCGUGCUUCGCCGCGCCCUUCCUGCCGGCCGCGCUGGUGAGGCGCGCGGGGCAGGAGUAGCCAGCCUAGCUGGUGACGGUGCUGCCCUGUGACUGUGGUCAUGAAGACAACAGCACUAAUGUAUAUACACUACUCACUACUGCUCAAUGGAGAAGUAGAUUGAUUAUAUGUAACGAAUUUUUUAACCGCGACUCAAGCGAUUUGUUGAUGUCUGGAAAUCUGAAGAUUGCAUUGCUACAUUUCAUUCUUUUUAAGACCCUUUUUUUUGCUUCCAAAGCAGAGGCAAGUUUGGUGCUGUAUGGUACGACUGUGCUAUAGCAAUUCCAAAUUCCAAUCA